GGCCAGCCUGAAGUUCAAAUUUGUCCUAUAGAACUCCUGCUGGACUUGAGUUUUUUCUUCUCCUUCUUCUGGUGCUCUUUUUUUUUUUGAUUUUUCUGUGACGGCAAGUUGGAGAUGUUUGGAAUCCAGGACAACCUGCCCCGCGGGGCCACAGCCAACAUGAAGGAGGAGCCGCUGGCCGUUCGCUCCUGGAUGCACUCGGCCGGCGUGGUGGACGCCAACACUGCUGCACAGAGUGGGGUGGGAUUAGCACGAGCUCACUUUGAGAAGCAGCCUCCAUCCAACCUGAGAAAGUCCAACUUCUUUCACUUUGUGCUGGCGCUGUACGACCGCCAAGGCCAGCCCGUCGAGAUCGAGCGCACCGCCUAUGUCGACUUUGUGGAGAAAGAAAAGGAGCCAAGCGGAGAGAAAACCAACAACGGGAUUCACUAUAAGCUGCAGCUUCUUUACAGCAAUGGCGUCAGAACGGAGCAGGACCUCUACAUCCGCCUCAUCGACUCCAUGACCAAACAGGCCAUCAUCUAUGAAGGCCAGGACAAGAACCCAGAGAUGUGCCGAGUUCUGCUCACACAUGAAAUAAUGUGCAGCCGCUGCUGUGAUAAGAAGAGCUGUGGAAACAGGAAUGAGACCCCAUCGGACCCCGUCAUCAUCGACAGGUUCUUCCUCAAGUUCUUCCUCAAGUGUAACCAGAACUGUCUGAAGAAUGCAGGAAACCCUCGAGACAUGAGGAGAUUUCAGGUGGUAGUUUCCACAACAGUUAAUGUCGAUGGUCAUGUUCUCGCAGUCUCUGACAACAUGUUUGUACACAACAACUCUAAACAUGGCCGCCGAGCCCGAAGACUGGACCCAUCUGAGGCAGCCACGCCCUGUAUAAAAGCCAUCAGUCCCAGUGAGGGCUGGACGACGGGUGGAGCCACUGUCAUUCUUAUUGGAGAUAACUUCUUUGAUGGAUUGCAAGUUGUCUUUGGCACCAUGCUGGUGUGGAGCGAGUUGAUCACCCCUCAUGCCAUCAGAGUCCAAACUCCACCCCGCCACAUCCCUGGGGUUGUUGAGGUCACGUUGUCUUACAAGUCCAAGCAGUUCUGUAAAGGGGCACCAGGACGAUUCGUCUACACAGCGCUGAAUGAACCCACCAUUGAUUAUGGUUUCCAGAGGUUACAGAAGGUCAUCCCCCGUCACCCUGGAGACCCUGAGAGACUGCCCAAGGAGGUGCUGCUGAAGAGAGCAGCCGAUCUGGUGGAGGCGCUCUAUGGGAUGCCUCACAACAACCAGGAAAUCAUUCUGAAGCGAGCGGCAGACAUUGCGGAAGCUCUCUACAGCGUUCCCAGGAACCACAACCAAAUCCCAUCACUAGGCAACACAGCCUCGCACGGCAUGAUGGGAGUGAACUCCUUCAGUGGUCAGCUGGCUGUUAAUGUCUCUGAGACCACGCAAGUUGGUUACAGUCGUAACACCAGCAGUGUGUCACCACGAGGAUAUGUACCAAGCUCCACCCCCCAACAGAGUAACUAUGGUAAUACGGUCAGCAACAGUAUGAAUGGUUACGGCAAUGCUGGCAUGCCGAACCUCGGGGUAACAACGUCACCUGGUUUCCUCAACGGCUCGUCGGCCAAUUCGCCCUACGGCAGUAAGUAUCAAGUCGUUCCCUCCAGUCCCACCAUGGCCGUAUCAAACUGUAACUCAUCUCAUGGAGUGUUCUCCUUCUCGGCUGCCGUUAAACAGAAGAGCGCCUUUGCUCCUGUCAUUCGGCCAUCAACUUCUCCUCCUCCACCAAACUGUUCCGCCAACAAUGCCAAUGGGCUGCAAGCUAUGUCUGGCCUCGUUGUUCCACCCAUGUAGAUAAUCUUCUUCCUCUGUCUUCACUUCUCUCCUCUCCCCCUCAGCCUUGAACACCAAUCACCUCAUGGGGGAGGGGCCUGUGGCCUCUGGAGGUGGGGCCUCAGGUAGCAGCUGAAUAGUGCGAGUGGACAAAUGUCCAUCUGUAAAGAAAAGAGACUUUCUGGGCAGCUGUCUUCUUCAGGUGCUAUCAGCUCCUUGUAAAGGAAUUUAUUUUCACUGCUGAUGUAAAACAAUGAUGUCACUCAAGGAAUGUGCAUCACUUCCUCUACAUGUGACGAUUUGCCAACAAAAUAAUAAUCUGGAGAUUACAAAGAUUAAAAGCCACAAAUGAUGGGAAAUGUGUUUGUAAGCUUAUUCUGUUGUUCACCACCGUGAUCGAGGACAGUGACAUCAUCACUUACUGCAGAAACACCUGAGAUCAGGUGAAGCUCAGUGUGGGGGGAGCAAAAAGUAUAUUUCCUGUUAAGAGUUUUAAUUUUAUUUUAAAGCAAAAAGGAGAAAACAAAUUCCUCCACAUUAUAAUAUUUAGUUAUUUUUCUGUUCAGCAGUAACACUUAAUAUGAAAACUUUGCUUCAGUCAGAACAGGAAGAAAUAAACUUUCCUCUCUAAAAAGUGGAUCUCUACAAGAACAAAGGAGACUUCGUUUGAAGGAUGUUGGUGUUGAACAGAUUAAAAUGUUUAAAAAUGUUAAAUUCUUGUUUUAAAAUACAAAAAAAAAGUUUCCAUUUGGCUCUCAAGAAUUCAGAAACAAUGACGGAUAAAACUUGUCAUUUUAGGGAAAUUUUAGGCAAUCCAAAAUAACACGUUUAGAUUUGUUGGAAAGAAAGAAGAAAGUCAAAGAUAUCUUUGUUUUGCAAUUAACAAAAGUUUCCUGGUGGAAAUCUCAAUGAAUGAAGCAUCAACUGAGGAUGGAAGCAUUCCUGUCUGCACACUGAAAAAAGAACCCAAAGUGAAACUAUGUUUGGUGUCUGUGUCCCACACUGAGACAUCCCCUCUUUUUUCUUUCAAAAAUGAGUAAAUCCAGAAAUAGUUCAUCUGAACAUUAAAUAUGAACACGUUUCAUAUUUACAUAUUUAUGAACAUCUUAACUUGAGCACAAGCACUUGUGAAAACCGUGUAAAAAGAUCUGAUGAAAGGAAAAUUAAAGAUGAUCUGUACUUCCAUACCCCCCCCCUACUUCAGCACCACCCUAUUUGUCUGUUUAUUUGCUUGCACUGUAAAAACAAUUCCUGCAUCUGAUACGCUACUGUGAAGUCCGUCUUCUUGUUCCGUCUCGAUCUUAGCCCCUCCCACUGUCCCAUGCCCCACCCCCAGCAUUCUAGCCCCACCCAAUGUUUCCUUGUGGGAUUUGUGAUUUUUGGCAAAACUUGUAGCAAACUGAAUAUUUCUACGUCACUGUGGUUAAAAACACACUCCUGCCUGUCACCGUGGCAACCUGUUUUUGUACCAUACAGAAUAUAAAUAUUGUAUUUAUAUCCAAUUGUUUUUGUAUUAAUGGAUAUUUGUCCUGUUGUCCUCAGAUGUGUGUAUGCGUGUGCAUGUGGUGGUCUCAUACCAAAAAACAGCUUUUGUUUUCAAUCCAAGACAAAAAGCCAUCAUCACAUUUUUAAUUACCUGUCAGUCAAUGCUGAUAUCCAAUCAGCUCUACUUGUUUAUUUUAAAUGUAAAUCAUGCUUUAAUGACUGUUUGGUUGUAAUUUAUUCACAGUGAAUAAAGUCAGCAGGUUGCUCUGGCA